CCAACACACUCUUCUUGUUUCCCGGCUGUCCCGUCAUCGCAGGGAAUGAGAAUUGUACUGCGAUCGGUGUUUUUGUUUUUGAGGUUCAUCAGUCAGUGUGGUUCAGUGUGCGCUUAGUGGUGUGUGUGUGUGUGUGUCGUUCUGUGUGUGAUUGUUUGUGUGUAUCAGGUGUGUUAGCGCUUAGCAGCUAGCAGCCACAGUCCGACGAGCUCACCCUCGCCACAGCAGCAACACAGUCAGUACCCCCAGCUCAUUUUAUAUGCGUGCAAACUGAGGAAAACAUACUGUGGAUUUCAUUUAAAGAAACAGCUUUGUAAGUUCUGGACGUUGCCACUGGGGUCAGCAGAGCGCUGGGUAUGAGUCAUGACGUCUGUUGUGCUCAUAGACAGUGGAGGAGCCGUGGUGGAGUAUGUCACUGCAGUGGACGACCAUUUACCGGAGGAAGGAGUGUGUGAGAUGGAGGGAGAAAUGGAAGGAGAAGUGGAAGGGGAAGCGGAGUAUCCUGCAGUGAUCGUGGAGCAGGUUCCCAGCGCUCGGAUGGAGCAGGGCUUCGCUGCUCAGGUGCUGGUGUAUGAUGAUGAGACCUACCUGAUGCAGGGUGUGGCCGAGGAGCAGGAGGUGGAGACCGAAGUCAUGGAGACAGUGGAAGCAUCGGUUCAUGGCUCAACUGUUUAUUGCUCCGAUAAAACCAUCGAGGCCGCAGAAGCUCUUCUGCACAUGGAUUCUCCCUCCAGCUUACGUGGAGACCGGAGCCCAGACGUUUUUGUGCCCCCGUGUGUUAACACUUCUGAGUUCCUGCACGCUGCCAUGCGGCCCGACGUGCUGACCGAGACGGUGGUGGAGGUCAGCACAGAAGACUCUGAGCCCAUGGAGAUGGUUACUGUUAUACAGGAACCAGAAGUGCUGGAGAUGGAACCCACUAAGAGAAGAAAAUCUGGGCGCAGACCUAAACCCCAUCACAUUUCAAAUGGAUCUCCGGAUCUGGGCAUCAAAAAGAAGUCUAGAGAAGGAAAAGGAAGCACAUACCUUUGGGAGUUUCUUUUAGACCUUCUGCAGGAUAAGAACACCUGUCCCAAAUACAUCAAGUGGACCCAGAGGGAGAAAGGCAUCUUUAAACUGGUGGACUCUAAAGCGGUGUCAAAGCUGUGGGGCAAACACAAGAAUAAACCUGAUAUGAACUAUGAAACCAUGGGCAGAGCACUCAGGUAUUACUAUCAGAGAGGUAUCUUGGCUAAAGUAGAAGGUCAGAGGUUGGUGUACCAGUUUAAGGAAAUGCCUAAAGACAUUGUCGUCAUAGAUGACGAUAAGUGUGACCCAGGUGAUGACAUAUGCGAAGAGAAAACUUAUGAGCGCGUACCUCCUUCAUCUGACACACUGUUGAAUACUGAAUUCUCCAAAAUCCCUGCCAUAUUAAGAGGGGGUGGUAGGACUCUGCUUCACCCAGGCUCUCCAAAAGCCAAAGCUGCGCUGGCGGCAACUCCCUUUCAGCGCAUAGUAACAGUCUCCACGGCGACCGAUGCAUUACAGCACACCCAUGCCACCAUCGUUUCCAAUGCCAGUGCACCCAGGACUGUGCGGGUUGCUAUGCAAGUGCCGGUUGUCAUGACGAAUUCUUUGGGUCAGAAAAUCUCCACCAUGGCCGUGCAAUCAGCAAAUCCAUCGAUCUUCACCACGGCGCCAACCAAUACCGGCACAGGGACCGGCGGGAAUGCACCCAAAGUCUUGAUCCAGACCAUACCGACGAUAGUGCCCGCCACGGCGGAAAACGGUGACAAGAUCACAGUCCAGCUCGCAAAGAUAAUCACCAUACCCGCCUCCCAGCUAACGCAGUGCCAGCUUCAAACCAAACCUGGUAUCCCUACGGGCAUCAAUUUGAUGGGCGCGCCCCUCGCCGUCCGAGCCCUCACACCCGUGUCUGUGGCACCAGGGACGCAGGUGGUCAGACUGGCAGUGCCUGCUCAGCGGACUCCAGCUCAGACGCAGACACAGGUCCCCAUUUCAAUCCAGACACAAGCUCGACUCCCAAUCUCCGUUCAGACAGUGUCUAGUCCGGUCUCAAUCCAGAGCCCCACACAGGUCACUGUACCUGCUUCGAUUUCUGUGCAGAAUCCAAUGUCAGUCCCAUUUCAGAUCCAGAUUCAACAGAGCCAGCUUUCUCCGAGAGCAAAGAGCACCGCACCGAACUCCGAGUCUAAAGCAGACAGCACUUUUGGAGAACGGGUGAUCGUGGUCCAGACAGGACCUGAGCAGGACAAUACCACACAGGAAAUGGUAGAAGUGGUGGUAGAAAGUGCAAAACCACAGUCUGAAACAGCCGAGAGCUGAGGAGCGAAGCAUUUUUUUCUGUCAUGAAUGAUAAUAGAUGAAUAGACACAUUUACCCCAGUUACUAUUCAAUCACACGCUGGGUGUUUUUUUUUGUACCACAUACCAAAUUAACUGGAGAUUACUGUUGACUUGUACAGUUUUUGUAGAGUUCAAGUGUGGUUUCAUUGUAUAAAAAAAUGACCAGGCGAAAAAACGCAACAAGCAUUGUGACUCACCUGCAUCAACACCGCACGGUUCACCCAUCAUGUGGAUAAAAUCUACAUACAAGGCAAAGGUUUAUUGGAUGUCUGUCAUUUCAAUUAUGGAUUGGUGUAGGGACCAGUGUAAAGAUCACUACAGUUCUCCAACCUUUUUAUUUUUAAUUAAACGUAGACACUAACAGCUUAACAGAACACUAAUGAGUGAAUAGUCGAAUAGUAAAGUUGAAAUGUGAAUGAGGGAGUGUAAAUCUGACUUUUUAUAACUUGUAUAAAAAGUUUUUUUUUUACGCUCGAAUUGCAACGCAAAACCAGCAGUUUCUUUUGACGAUCACUGUGAGCACGCGCUUGUGCCCGUGUGUUCCCAUAUGACAGGAACUUUUGAGUCGAUUCUCCCUCCACUUCUAAUAAGGGAAGAAAUUAAGGACUUUGUAUAUAUGAAUUAUACAGUUUACUGAAUUUAUAAACAGUGCAGCUUUAGAACAGUUAAAUUUUUCUUAUUUUGUUGUAAGUCACACUUAUUAGGCUUUUGUUGUGUUAAUCUCUUUUUUUCGACACAUUGUACCAAGCACAGUAUUACUGGCAAACAAACUGCAAUGCAUUCUUGUAGUCCAUUUUCAAAGCUCUUGGAGUACAACAGUCCGUACCAUUUGAGUCUUUCAUGUGAUCGAGUCCACUAUCAAGAGACUUGACAGCUGAAAUUAUGACGGUUUUGUUGUCACUGAAGUACAGAAUGAGGUCAAUAGGCAGCAUGCAUCCAAAUGUUUCUUGCGCCUUUUCUUUUGCAAUUUGCUUUUUAUUAGUUCUGAAAGGGAGAACAAGAUGUUUGUGUUCAGAAUAAUCUAGUUUGUAUAUUCAACAUUUGAAGUAUAUUCUAUUUUGUUGUACUCUUGUUCCAAAGUGUACUCAAGUAGAUUUUACUCGAAUAUAAAAAACUUCAUGAAUUUUGAGCCCUGGUGUUUUUU